GCGCCUGCGCGGGCAGCGUCGGCUUUGCGGCGUUGGUGCGGGGCUGCUGCGCGGGAUGGAGGAGGAGGGGGACGACUUCGUUUUGGCGCUGCAGCUCCAGGAGCUGUGGGAAGCGGAGGAUAAGGAGGCGGCCGCGGCGGCAGCAGCAGCAGCAGCAGCGGCGGUGGUGCGUCCUGAGGUGUCGCCGGACCCCUCGCCCUGCCGCCCGUUGUCGGUGGUGGACGAGGCCUGGGAGCUGCUGGACCCCAGCCCCGACGUGCAUGGACUCUUCGUGCAUUUCAACGAGACGCUGUUCUGGGGGCGCCUGGCGGCUGUCGAGGUCUCAUGGAGCCCACGCAUGACCCUCUGUGCUGGAGUGUGUCGCUAUGAAGGUAGAGGUGGGAUGUGUUCCAUUCGUUUAAGUGAGCCACUCCUAAAGUUAAGACCAAGGAAAGAUCUUGUCGAGACACUACUGCAUGAAAUGAUCCAUGCCCUGCUUUUUGUUACUAAUAAUGACAAAGAUCGUGAAUCUCACGGACCAGAGUUCUGCAAACACAUGCGUCGCAUUAAUCGCUUGACCGGAGCCAAUGUCACGAUCUAUCACACUUUUCACGAUGAGGUGGAUUCGUACCGUCAGCACUGGUGGCGGUGCAACGGCCCCUGUCGGAACAGAAAACCUUACUUUGGAUAUGUGAAACGUUCCAUGAACAGAGCGCCCUCUGCGCGGGACUUCUGGUGGGCAGAGCAUCAAGUAACCUGUGGGGGGACGUUCACAAAAGUGAAGGAGCCAGAGAACUUUAAGAAAUCCAAGGAGAAAACACAGCCCACAGAAAUUCCAAAUUCUGAGUCAACUAACAAAGGCAAGACUCAAACACGUGAUACACAAGGUCUGACACCCUUCAGUGGAAAGGGAUAUCGGCUUGGAGGAGGAGAGAGUGGACUCUCAGAAAAAAGCACAAAUUCCAGCAUCAGUGUCAGAAACAGUGAAACGCCUGCUUCGGAGCAUCCUUCAGUAAGGACAGUGCCAAUCCCUAAAAAUGAGAUAAAAUUUGAGAAGUCACCACGAAGUGGCAUUUUCUUCCCACUUUAUACUGACGAUGCCAGUGAGAAGAUCAACUUGGCUUCAAAGCGUGAGUUUCCAGCGCUUUCUGUCGCCAGUACAAAAGCUUACAGGAGCGUUGGUGGAUCGCCUGUUAAAAUUGCUCGUGUUAUGGAACAAAAAUCAAACCAAGAUUCUGUAGGUGGCAAGAGAGUCACACUGCCCCCAAACCAAAUUUGCCUUCAGUUGACAACAGCAGCUCAGGCUGCACCUGAGGUGAAAAGCUCUGAACAUCCUAACACACCACAGCAGUGGCCAAAGAGGGAAGACAAAACUGCCUUUGAAAACUAUUUCACUAAAAAAGGGAGUACUAAUGUCUCUUUAAGUAUAGACUCACCUAUGAAGGCCAGUGUUGAAUCUACAGCGAGUUCCAGGACUGCUGGAAGGCAGGAUAAAAAAGUCAGCUGUCCUGUUUGCCAGACUGAGGUUUCAGAGUCUAAAAUAAAUGAACAUCUUGACUCUUGUCUUGCAUAAAGUCUUUCAGAAAGCUGUCUAAUAAACCAGGGCUGAAAACAUUGCUUGAAAACUACUAUGCUCAGGGUUUGCUUGGCCAUGUGCCUCUUCUGGACUGGAAUUUGAAUUAGUCACUGUGCCGAACCACAAGAUCUGUGGAGCUGCACAUGACAAGGAAGCAAGCUGCUACUUGUGUUUCAAAACACUGAACGCUUGCCUGUUCGUAGGUGUAUGUUUGUGUUAAACAUUCUUGCUGCAGAAACUGGGUAGCAUAAGAGCAGGUGGAUGCUUACCAAGCUGUGCAUUUUCAAGGCACUUUUAAAAAUUAGGACAUUUUAAAUGCUGCAAAUUCAUCUUUGUUCUUAAGAUCCUGUUGUGUUUUUUCUUAAGUUUUUUUUUUGCCAUUCUUAAAGUUAACUACCUCUAAUAAGGGUUAUGCUGUUCACUACAGUGUUACUAGUUGGCAUGUUUUUUAGACUGGUAAAUAUUUUGCAUAAGGCACUCUUUUUGAAGAGCUAGCUGAAAGCAAGAAUUUCAGAUGUGGGCUUGUCUCAAAGAUAGAGGCACAGUCAUCAAAAACAGAGCAGUGUCCUUUUAAUGGGUGGAUUAUGACAAGAAAAGUCAAGAAUUGCAGUGAAGAUGUUGGAAAAUCCAGUACAAAAGUACUUGGCUUAGAUAAGGACAAGGCUCUACACUGAAGGGCUCAGUUAAAAAAAAACUUGUUUUGAGGAGCAAGGAUUUAAGAAUGAUCUAUGCUGUUAAAAGUUGGAGUGGUCAAAUGGAAACUAACAAACUUCAAUUUUAGGUGUGGCUUUUAUUCAAAGACCUCAGCUAGAUUCUUCACCUGCUUUUUCCAAUGGUUUACACAAACUCUUGUGUUUAAUGUUCUUUUUUUUUGGAUAUAGGUGUUGGGUGUAUAAGUAACUGCUCCCUGUAUCCUGAGAUCAGUAAGUUAUGAGGAAUAUUGGUAGCAAUUCCAGUGAAGAGUCUUUCUGCUCAUGUAAUAAAAGCCUUUUGUGAUUUUUCAGUUAACCUUCCAGUGUGUUACAAGUCAGAACAAUGCUAACUUAACAUUAGCUAACAGUCUGUUUUGCUGCUUCUGGAAGCCAACCACUUCGGUGGCUCAUACCCAACAAGCCAGUCAGCUGAGCAGUAAAACCAUUGUGCUGUGAAAGGUUACACAUGCUGAGCAGAUGUGGUUUCCAUACACAUUUUCUGAACUGUUGACUAUUUUCUUGUUGCACCAAAAGUAUUUAACUGGUUAAAGAGUUAACAUCUUGAUUCCUUACUUGUAAAACUGAUAAUAAAUAGUUUUGUUUAAAACCAGAGAAAAUAACUAUGCUGUUUCAUGUAUUGUUGCUGCAACUUUAAAUGGCUGUAUUAGCCUCAGAUGCAUAUAUUUUCACCUUUUACAUAAUCACUUACUUGCUGCUCCCUUUUGACAUGGGGAAAUAAACUCUUGUGCAAUAGAAUUUGGCAAAUGAUAUCAUGGCUCUUUUUAAGCACUGGUGUGUUUAAAUACUGCCACUAUGGAUGUUUAAUAUGAAUGAGUCUUCUUGCAUAUUCUGAAUAAAUUAGCACUGAAUUUUAACUUUACAA